AUGUUCUGUCCGCACAAGAAUUCGUAUCUGCAACUCGUUUGCGCGAUGAACCCGCGCCUCAUAAACAAGGCGGUGGACAUCGCUAUGGAAAACAAACGUUUCGAUCCACACACAGAACUUCCGCCAGCUCAAAGACUAGAAUCAAUGCAGCCUUCGCUGUACGCUCCGCAUGUCGAUAUAACACGCGCUCGUUUAGGUUUCGGGCGUGUAGGUCUUAGACUUAUUAAUAGAGACCUACACUCACCAGAUAAUCUUGUUCAGCUUCAGGCUAUACACAGUGUUUUGGAUCAGGUGCAGAUAUCCGAAAAUGCGAUGUUCCUGAUAAACAUACAUGUGGGAUUUCGUCUCAUCGACUUGAUGUUAGACAGAAACCCAGUAAUACGCGAAAAGGUUUGCCUCAUCCUCACUUCUUUAGCCAACUACUAUCAAGGGCGAAAACAAAUCAUAUCACGACCAAAAAUUAUCGAAAACCUCAUGUGGCUUAUUAUGAGAGAUAGAAGAGAAAUAAGGUUCGCAGCAGCAUGUACCCUAAAAACAUUAGCAUGCGACAAAUGUUCUGUUGAAAAAAUUCUUCAGACUGACGACAUUAUAGAAAAUUUGUUAAAAAUGGUCAAAAAUGAACAUACGGGAAUUGUAGUUUUGCAUCUUAAAACGCUGGAGGAACUAAUUCAAUGGGACCAGGAGAAAGCGUUAAAAGCUAACGCUUUCCAAAUUAUGUUAAAACUGAAAGAAAAUAAGGAUCCAAGAAUUAUUUGUGGAGGAAUGGAUUGCUUGACGCAGAUCUGCAAACAUGAUAUCGGAAAGAAAUUAGCAGAUAUUUAUGAUUUAACAUGCUCAUUGAGACCUUUCUUAGCGUCUCCAUCACUGGAAGUCAGAAUCAGCACUGUUGGUUUGAUGAAAUACACAACAUUAACGACGCGAUCAAAAUGGCGCGCUAAGGAAUUUUGUGUCGAUUUAACCAAGUCCUUGGUAAUGUUGUGCCAAAGUCCAAACAGUCCUAUCCUGCAAUUAAGAUCAAUGCAAGUUCUGAUAAACCUUUGCGAAUGCCCUGAUAUCAGAUAUCAUAUGAAAUCUCAUUGGGAGAAAAAAGUAAAGGCGAUAAAAAUAAGAACUCAUGAGGAAUGGGAUGGAACAAGCGAAACCACAACUUAUGGCUUGGAAACUGGCCAUAAUUAUAGGACGAUGUGCAUCGAAGGGGUCGAAACUAUUAAAAACGAUUAUGGAGAUAACACAGAGGUCGUCAAUGUUCACAGCUAUUUGAAACGUAUACACGAAACCAAAGCAAAUUUACUAUACUUAAUUAAUUGGAAAUCCUAUAAAGACUAACAAUAACAAAUAAAUGAAAAUAC